AUGGGUGCUUGUCCAUCUGCAGAAUAUUUCCAUGAUGCAAUCAACCUGGUCAUGAAAGAAAUUCCCGAUUGCCAGAAUAUAUCCGACAACAUUUGGUUAUUGUCGAAGAAUAAGAAAGAGCAUCUCAAACAGCUAGACCAGCUUCUUGGAACACUCGAAGGAAACGGAAUCUCUUUGAAGUUUGCGAAGUGUUCAUUCGCGGUGCAACAAAUCAGUGUGCUUGGUCACAUAGUCUCAAAUAAAGGAAUACAACCUGACAAGAAGAAUGUCGAAGCGGUAGCCGACGCCUCAAAACCUAAGUCAGCAGCAGAAGUACGAUCUUUCUUAGGAUUAGCUUGUGAAUUAUUGUUCAAGAUAUAUCCCAGAUUACAGUUCGGUAACCUACCCUCUACGGCAACAACAGCACCCAGAUUCAGCAGCAUAUAGAUUCACCAGAGUAUCGACCAGUUGCAUUCGGAAGUCGAUCACUUACAGAAACAGAAAUUAAAUAUGGGCAUAUUGAGAGAGAAGCAAUAGCCAUCGUUUUCGGUUGCGAGCAGUUCCAUCUGUACCUUUAUGGUAAACGUUUCGAGUUGGAGACAGAUCAUCGCCCAUACGAGCUUAUCUUCAAGCCAAAGUUGACGAGUCAUGGAAAGCCUCCGCCAGCAGAAUUGAAAGAUGGCUCUUACGAUUACGAAAGUACAAUAUUGACGUCAUGUACCAACCAGGAGUGCAGCAUCUAGCUGAUCACCUUUCCCAUCUUCCAACCAAGACGCCAUGGAGCAAUAUGGAGGCAUGCGGAGAUCGGUUUGUCCAUUAUUUGGCAGAACAAAACACUCCAGUAUUUAUGUCCACAAAAGAAAUCAGAGAAACAGCUGAUGUUGAUCAUGAUCCAGAGACGAAACAAAUCCGAGAAAGUAUAAUCAAUAUUCAAAGAUAUAAACUUCCUCAAGAUUACAAGUUGGUUGGGGACGAUUUGUCUAUAACCAAGGACAUUGUUUUACGAAGAAAUCGGAUUGUCUUACCUGCAAAACUCUGA